AUGGAGGAAUCAAGAAGAUCGAUUGAAAAGUGCCAAAAGAUUUUGGGUGGAGAGCAAAAUAUGACCUCAGUCGAUAGGCUUAGCAGUUUGCCUGACGAUGUUAAAUGCCACAUUCUCUCUUUCCUCUCGACAAAGCUCUCAGUGGCGACCAGCGUUCUCGGAAGAAGAUGGAGAUUUCUGUGGGCCCACGUCCCGUGUUUGAAUUUCAGCAGGAAUGAUUUCCCCGACGAAACAGAAGAUUCGGACAUCAGCGAGGAUGAUUUCACCGGCCAAACAAAAUAUUCGGACAUAAUCCAUAGAGUAAUUUUGCUCCAUGAGGCGAAGAGAAUGGAUACUUUUAUGCUCGAUUUCGACUUUAUGGACUGCAACGAGUAUCAUCUAGAGACAUGGAUUAAUUUUGCCAUCAAGCGUAAUGUCCGAAAUCUCUAUCUUGACGUGCACCUUCAUAUGGGUAUUUGUCCCCCGCGUCCCCUCUUCACCUGCCAAACCAUUGUCGAUAUGAGAAUUUAUCGAUGUGUAGAAAUCCGGUCAAGUCUGUACAUACAUUUACCUAGCCUUAAGAAGCUUUAUCUUUAUGAUGCUGAUUUUGAGAAUGAUGAAGCCCUUCCUCACUUACUUUCCGGCUGUCCUUUGCUCGAGAAGUUGUCCAUGUGUGUUCACUUGAGAGAGAAAGAAAAAUAUUUAGGCUGCAUUAAUGUAUCUUCACCCACUCUGAAAAAACUUAAGAUCGAUCUUGUACAUAUGUUCGAAGAUGAUAUCCCUGAUUAUAGGAUUUUAAUAAAUGCAAAGGCACUCAGAUAUCUUUGUAUGGUUAACUGUCAUUUGGGUUGCGUCACAAAUUUGGCGAAUAUGACCUCCUUAGCCGAGGCGUGCAUCCGCGUUGAAGGACCUUUCUACUUGUUUGUGGACAUCGGCAGUAAUUCCAAUGUGGUGAAAUUUCUUGAUUCUCUUUGUAAUGUCAAAUGCCUAAGGAUGACAAGUUAUGGAGCCGAGGAGAUGGCAUUUGAUGCGCUUGAGAGAAUUUCAUUGUUUGAGCGAGGAUCGACGGCAUGCCAGCUCGGCUUCUAUUCAGGAAUUGCAAGAGUCUCCGUGUGUAGGCUUCAGGUUUCAAGGUUCUCUCUUGCCCUUUUCGACUUCUUAGCUGUUAAUUGUGAAAAUCAGAUGCCCUUUGUAAGAGUUUCGGAUAGAGAGCAAAAAAUGGCCUCAAUCGAUAGGCUGAGCAGCUUGCCGGAUGAAGUCAUAUGCCACAUUCUCUCUUUCCUCCCGACAAAGCGCUCAGUGUCUACCAGCAUUCUCGGAAAAAGAUGGAGGUUUCUAUGGGCCCAUGUACCCUGUUUGCAUUUCAGUGUAUUCGAUUUCAGGAAAGAAGGAACACAAGACUCAGACGAUUUCUCGGAAGAAGACUCGGACGAUUUCUCGGAAGAAGAAACACAAGACUCGGACGAAGAAGUAAUACAAGCCUCGGACAUCAUCCGCAGGGUUAUAUUGCGGCACAAGGCAAAAAGAAUGGAUACUUUAACACUCUCUUUGCGGCCCAAGGCAAAAAGAAUGGAUACUUUAACACUCUCUUACAUCAAAUUCAACGAGUAUCAAUUGGAAACAUCAAUUACAACUGCCAUCGACCGUGGUAUCAAGAAUCUUUAUCUUGAUCUUGAUUUGGAUACAUUCCCUCGAUACAUCUUCAAAUGCAAAACCAUUGUCGACUUGAAGCUUCAUAUCUAUGGAGCGUCACUGUCACUGUCUUCUGUGGACAAUGUCACACUGCCUAGCCUCAAGAAGUUCCAUGUAUCUAAGGUUGUGUACGAGAAUGAUGAAGCCCUCCCUCACUUUCUUUCCAGCUGUCCGUCGCUUGAGGACUUGAAUAUGGUUUUCACAUAUGUGGAGGAGGGACCAUUUGAUAAUGAUUCUGUCGGCUGCAUAAAUAUAUCAUCACCCACAAUAAAGAAGCUUAAGCUCGAUCUUGACGAUUUGCCUUCUUCAUCGAACUUUGAAUAUAGGAUGAUAUUAAAUGCCCCGGCCCUUACGUAUCUCCAAGUGAAUGGCUAUGAAUUGGAGUGUAUAACAAUUCCUACAACCAUGAUCUCCUUAGUUGAGGCGGAUAUCUGCUUAGAGCAUUACAAUACCACUGUGGUGAUGUUUCUUCAUUCUCUGUCUUUUGUAAAGUGCCUAAAGAUAUCAGGUUGGGAACUUAUUGAGAAUUUCGGAGAGGAGCAAAACAUGGCCUCAAUGGAUAAGCUCAGCAGCUUGCCGGAUGAAGCCAUAUGCCACAUUCUCUCUUUCCUCCCGACAAAGCUCUCAAUGGCGACCAGUGUUCUCGGAAAAAGAUGGAGGUUUCUAUGGGCCCAUGUACUCUCUCUGCAUUUCAGUGAAGACGAUUUCAGGGAAGAAGGAACACAAGCCUCGGACAUCAUCCAUAGGGUUAUAUUGCAGCACAAGGCAAAAAGAAUGGAUACUUUAGCACUCUGUAACUUCAAAUGCAACGAGUAUCAACUGGAGACAUGGAUUAUGACCGCCAUCGAGCGUGGUAUCCAAAAUCUUUAUCUUAAACUGGACUCUGAUAUAAUCCCUCGAUCCCUCUUCAACUGCAAAACCAUUGUCGACUUGAAGCUUGAUAACAAUAGAGCCCCACUCUCUGCUAUGGACAAUGUCUCUCUGCCUAGCCUCAAGAAGUUAUAUGUUUAUAACGUUGUGUGUGAGAAUGAUGAUGCGCUUCCUCGCUUUCUUGCCGGCUGUCCGUCGCUCGAGGAGUUGAAUAUGACAUUCACGUUUGUGGACGAACAUGAUUAUGAUUAUGUGGGCUGCAUAAAUAUAUCAUCACCCACAAUAAAGACGCUUAUGCUCGAUAUUGACCGUUCUUCUGGAUUUAACAUUGAAUAUAGAAUUAUAAUAAAUGCCCCGGCACUUAGGUAUCUCCAAGUGGAUAACUAUGCUUUGGAGUGUAUAACAAUUCCUAUAACCAUGAUCUCCUUAGUUGAGAGGGAAAUCCAAUUAGAAGAUAAUUCGCUCUUACAUCUCAAAACGAAUUAUUCCACGGUGGUGAAGUUUCUUCAUUCUCUGUGUUAUGUAAAGUGCCUGAUGAUAUCAGUUUGGGAAUUUGAGGAGUUUAUGCAAAGAGGAGUUUUUGGUUCAAAUGUAAAGUUUGAUAAUUUAACCAAACUUAAACUCCAAGUACAUGUGAAAUGGAGUUUGCUGGUAAAGUUCCUCGAAGUUGCUGAUAAUCUUGAAGUCCUUAUUGGCUGGAGGAGAUGGUAUCUCUCAAAAGCUGGGUGCGUGGUGAAAGUUGGAAUGCUUCUCAUCUAUGAAAAUUAUCAGGUUGAAAUGCAGGAGAUUUUGGGGGAUGAAAUGAAGAAAUGUGGAUUUCAAAAUGAAGGAGAAGACGAGGGAGUCUUCUAUUCGUUUACAUCAGAUGAAAUAUUGCUUGGUGAAGAUGAAGUUUUUCAGUUUGAAGAUGGUGAUCAUGUGGCGAUAGGAGUUUCAAAAGUCUCCGUGCUUAGGCUUCAGGUGCCCUUUGUCAAAAUUUGGGAUACAGAGCAAAACAUGGCCUUAAUCGAUAGACUCAGCAGCUUGCUGGAUGACGUCAUAUGCCACAUUCUCUCUUUCCUUCCGACUAAGCUCUCAGUGGCGACAAGCAUUCUCGGAAAAAGAUGGAGGUUUCUAUGGGCCCAUGUACCCUGUUUGGACUUUAGUGAAGACGAUUUCACGGAAGAAGGAACACAAGCCUCGGACAUCAUCCAUAGGGUUAUAUUGCAGCACAAGGCAAAAAUAAUGGAUACUUUAAGACUCCGUAGCAUCAACUACAACGAGUAUGAACUGGAGACAUUGAUGACAACCGUCAUCAACCGUGGUAUCCAGAAUCUUUAUCUUCAACUUGACUUCAUUAUAUUCCCUCGAUGCAUCUUCAACUGCAAAACCAUUGUCGACUUGCAUCUUGAUUUCUAUAGAGCGCCAUUGUCUGCUGUGGACAAUGUCUCAUUGCCUAGCCUCAAGAAGUUUCUUGUUUAUCAUGUUGUGUGUGAGAAUGAUGAAUCCCUCCCUCGCUUUCUUUCCGGCUGUCCGUCGCUUGAGGAGUUGGAUAUGGAAUUCACAUUUUUGGGAGAGGAACCAUUUGAUUAUGGUUAUGUGGGCUGCAUAAAUAUAUCAUCACCCACAAUAAAGACGCUGAAGCUCGAUCUUUACAAUUUGACUUGUCCAUCUGACGAUUCUAACCCUAAAUAUAGGAUGAUAAUAAAUGCCCCGGCCCUUACAUAUCUCCAAUUGUAUGGCUAUUACUUGGAGUGUAUAACAGUUCCUAUAACCAUGAUCUCCUUAGUUGAGGCGGAUAUCCGCUUACAAAGGUAUAAUACCACGGUGGUGAAGUUUCUUCAGUGUUAUGUAAAGUGCCUAGUGAUGUCAGGUUGGGAACUUGAGGAGUUUGUUCAUAGAGGAGUUGCUUGUUCAACUGGAAAGUUUGACAAUUUAACCGAACUUGAACUCCUAUGGAACAUCAAAUGGAGUUUGCUUGUAAAGUUCCUUCAAAUUGCUGACAAUCUUGAAGUUCUUAUUGAAUCGCAAGAGUCUCCGUGUUUAGGCUUCAGGUGCCCUUUGUCAGAAUUUGGGAUAGAGAGCAAAACAUGGCCUCAAUCGAUAGGCUCAGCAGCUUGCCUGACGAAGCCAUAUGACAUUCUCUCUUUCCUCCCGACUAAGCUCUCAGUGGCGACCAGUGUUCUCGGAAAAAGAUGGAGGUUUCUAUGGGCCUAUGUACUCUCUUUGCAUUUCAGUGAAGACGAUUUUAGGGAAGAAGGAACACAAGCCUCGGACAUCAUCCAUAGGGUUAUAUUGCAGCACAAGGCAAAAAGAAUGGAUACUUUAACACUCUCUUACGUCAAAUGCAAUGAGUAUCAACUGGAGACAUGGAUUAGGACCACCAUGGAGCGUGGUAUCCGGAAUCUUUAUCUUGAACUUGACUUAGGUACAUUCCCUCGAUCCCUCUUCAACUGCAAAACCAUUGUCCACUUGAAGCUUGAUUCAUUUACUAGUAGAGUUUCACUCUCUGCUAUGGACAAUGUCUCUCUGCCUAGCCUCAAGAAGUUUCAUGUUUCUAAUGUUGUGUGCGAGAAUGAUGAAGCCCUCCCUCACUUUCUUUCCGGCUGUCCCUCCCUUGAGGACUUGAAUAUGGCAAUCCACUUUGCAUAUGAUUAUGCGGGCUGCAUAAAUAUAUCAUCACCCACAAUAAAGACGCUUAAGCUCGAUAUUGACCGUCUUUCAUCUCGAUCUAACCUUGAAUUUAGGAUUAUAAUAAAUGCCCCGGCACUUGCGUAUCUCAAAGUGGAUGGCUAUUCUUUGGAGUGUCUAACAAUUCCUAUAACCAUGAUCUCCUUAGUUGAGGCGGAUAUCUGCUUCAAAAGUAAUUUGUUCUUAAAGCACAAAACGAAUUACAAUUCAACGUUGGUGAAGUUUCUUCAUUCUUUGUGUUAUGUAAUGUGCCUAAAGAUGUCAGUUUGGGAAUUUGAGCAGUUUAUGCAAAGAGUAGUUGCUGGUUCAAGUGUAAAGUUUGAUAAUUUAACCAAACUUGAACUCCAAGUAGAUGUUAAGUGGAGUUUGCUGGUAAAGUUCCUCGAAGUUGCUGAUAAUCUUGAAGUCCUUAUUUUAGUACCUGUAAAAGACGGUCAUUGGGAGGUGAGGAUCUAUGGGUUCGUGUGCCGAAAGCACGAGUUUAAGCUGGUGAGGUAUCUUUUGGGGAAUUCUGGAGUUUUAACGGCGGUGGUGAUUUAUUUUCACCACCUUCGACUCAGUUGUAAGGAGAAAUUGGACGCGGUCAAGAGGAUUAUGUUGUUCAAGCGAGUAUCUGUCGAAUGUGAGUUUGCUUUCGAUUGA